CUGGUUGCUUUCUCUGUAUCAAAGAGUUUGUUAUUCCAGUUUGGGAGUUUUUAAAGCCUGUGAGAAGGGUGCAUUGUAUUAUGGAGAAAACAAAGACUCGCCCAGUCUCCAACACGGUGGUGUUUUCAUCGAUAUUUCUGUCUGUUAUUUGCUUCGCGGGAUUGAUUCACGUCGAGAUGGAACUUCACGUUCAUCGACAAAUGCUUCAAGUCUUGAAUCAACAAAGAGAGGAAAAGGUCGAGCUACGAAACACAGCACACGAAGAAAAAGAAUCUGUGGUGAAAAUGUCACACAGUGACACAGAGAAAGACAGACCGGAAGAAGAUCCGAAAAAAGGUCAAAACACAAUGCACACGCGCAUUGUGUCUCUGUCUGGCUUCGAUCACGAACGUACUGGUUGCUUUCACUAUAUCAAAGAGUUUUUUAUUCCAGCUUGCGAGUUUUUAAAGCCUCUGAGAAGGGUGCAUUGUAUUAUGGAGAAAACGAAAACUCGCCCAGUCUCCAACACGGUGGUGUUUUCAUUGAUAUUUCUGUCUGUUAUUUGCUUCGCGGGAUUGAUUCACGUCGAGAUGGAACUUCACGUUCAUCGACAAAUGCUUCAAGUCUUGAAUCAACAAAGAGAGGAAAAGGUCGAGCUACGAAACACAGCACACGAAGAAAAAGAAUCUGUGGUGGAAAUGUCACACAGUGACACAGAGAAAGAGCAACUCCUUCGUUACAAACGUAUUGUGGACACUGUAAACACAAAUUCAAAUGCUAGUGAAACCAUCAAUCGUGACGUCAUCAGAAGAGAGGUACGACUUGCCCUGAGUACCCAGGCCUGCACGGUUUAUUGCUCCAAAAGCAUCAGGGGAAGACGAGGCAGGCCAGGUCCUAGAGGCUCUCCAGGUAAACACGGACCUCGCGGACCUCCGGGACCCCAUGGAACUAAAGGAAAUCAAGGACUCCAGGGAAUUCAGGGACCUCCUGGCCCUCAAGGCCCCCAGGGACCUAAGGGCGAUCCAGGCAAAUCUAUCUCAGCCCCUUCAAUUGUAGCAUCUCCGAUGUCCAUGGUGGUAAACGAAUCCGGUACAGCCUCAUUUCAGUGUGAAGCUGAAGGAAACCCAGAGCCUAAAGUCACUUGGCUGAAACAAAAUUCCAAUCUUCUCGCGGACAAACGAGUUGUACCGUCACGUGGUGGACUGAUGAUAACUGAUGUGACGUCACAAGAUGAGGGAAGGUACACUUGUGUAGCAAGAAAUAUUCUGGGAGAAGUGACGUCGUCGGUCACUUUAACUGUUCAAGUUGGCGCCGUGAUCUCUCAGAAGCCAUCAUCUGUCAUCAUUGAAGAAGGACAGAACCUGAGCCUGGUCUGUAAAGCUACUGGUCAGCCGACUCCAACGGUCACUUGGCGUAAAGCGUUUAGUCAAUUGCCAAAAGAGAAGACUACUGUCGUUGCUGGUAACUUGAACAUAGUUAAUAUCGUAAAAGCAGACGGUGGGACUUACGAAUGCGCGGUUAAGAAUCUUCUUGGUGCGGGGUCCGCUGUUGCUCAAGUGACAGUGAUUGACGAACUCAAAUUUAUCCUAACUCCUCCAAUGAAGGUUGCUGCUUUUGUUCACAGCAAUGUUAUGUUAAAUUGUAUGGCUGAUGGUUCGGUAGACAUAGAUUGGAAACGAUCAGGCCAAGAUCUUCCACAAAAUGACGUCAUUUAUCCAAACGGAACUUUGCUUCUUCGAAGCGUGUCCUCAGGUGAUGCUGGGGUUUACACCUGCGUAGCAAAAAAUUCUCAACGUUCUAUCGAGGCAACAUCUGUUCUGGAAGUGCUUAAAGAACCAAUGUCCUGCAGCAGUGUAAAAUCGGACCACACUGGAAGUUCUUCGGGUAAUUAUAUGAUUGACCCUGAUGGCAAAGGAGGCGUGACUCCCUUCAGUGUGUACUGUGACAUGAGUGACAAGGGCGGAGUUGGUGUGACGGUUAUCAGUCACGACAGUGAGAGUAGAACUCACGUUGGUAACAUUCCCGGAUGUAAUCUAGGAAAUCUAGGAUGUUACAGUAAAGAUGUCCGAUACACUGGAGUCAGCACUGCUCAGCUAGCAGCACUCACUCGAGUCUCACAGAACUGUGAACAGUUUAUCAAGUUUGAAUGCCAUUAUUCGAUAGCUUUUAUUGUGGAAGGCGAUGCUUGGUGGGUGUCACGUGACGGAAGGAAUAUGAGUUACUGGGGAGGAGCUUCAGGCCAUGACAAGAUGUGCGCAUGCGGAUUAACAAACUCCUGUUCAAAUGGUCAAAAAUGUAAUUGCUAUAACAGUGGUGGAAAAGUUUGGAGAGAGGACAGCGGUCUGUUGACAGACAAAUCUGCUCUGCCUGUGUCACAAAUCAGACUGGGAGACUUGGAUCACUCACACGAAGAAGGAUAUCAUACAUUAGGAAAACUCAAGUGUUAUGGCCAAGCAUAAGUGGAUUGAGGUAUUACACAGCAAAUUUAAGACUGACUUUGUAUUUUAAUGUUGUUCUACCAAGCAUUAAUUAACAAACAAAUUUUGCAAGGACACUUAGGGCUAGAUCACACUAGCGACGUAACGCCACAACGACAUAAUCGCUUAUGUUGGUAAUGCUUACUUCGACUCGUUGGAGGUGUUAAGAUUUUUAUUAACGAACUUUACGGAUAAUUCUGUGGACACAAGAAAUCAAAGUUGAUAGAUAUCGAAAAAUAUUAAUUCAGUAAAAUGUAUAUUAGUAAAGACAGGCAGACUAAGAGCAUUUUUUUCGAGGAUUAGUGGCUUACUCAUUCUUUUGCUUUAAUCCAAGUUUAUGGUCGGUAUUGGAGUCGUAUCGCUACAUCAACUUUUAAGGUGGAGCUCGCACUAUACCAAUUAAUGUAAGUAAUUUUCUGACCGAGAAUUAGCUGAUGAAUUCGGCUGAUGAGUUUCUCUUUUCUCAUCACCUGUAUAAGCUUGAAAGUAUAUAUAUAUAUAUCUCGGUAUAAAUUAAAUUUUGAUCAGUCUGCGAUCUUAUAUAUAAUGGGUUAGAAUCGCGGAAAGUGUUGAUGUCGUCCUAAAGCUGCUAUAAGUCGACUUCUUAAUGCGAUGGCGAUCACGCUUCUUGAUCACAAAACGCGAACUCGAUAAAUAAAUCACAUUUAUGUUGAGUAAAAUUACCUUUUUUGUUAAUAGUAAAAAAAAUUCUCGUCCGAAAUUCAUCAACAACAAAGUGUGUGGCGAAUAACUUAAAUGCCAGUUUUUGCCAGCAAUUCAUGUACUUUGAAGCGAUUUAAAAGCAUCUGAAAAGCAGGAAAGUAUAUAAUUUGGCUUAACACUUUUCACCCUAGUCAUUCUAUGACAUUUCAAAAGAACUCUAAAACACUUGCACGACACCACAGAAACAUUCAGUACAAAAACACGCCCACCUUUUAUUUUAAAGAAACACGAUUUAACUACAUUUGGCCUGCAGUGCAGGCGUUAUUUUGGACCGGAACGUUCGAUAACCAGGUUUUCGAUGCCGCCAACUUGGAUUGUAAUUGGAUGCUGGACCGGUAAUUUUUUUCUCCCCCCAACCCCCCACAGUUACCAAAUCCAAGAUGGCGGCCGAAUACGAAAAUGUGCACUCGUGCGCCCAAAAUACGUCUGCACUACAUGCUAACUACAUCUCGUGUGAAUCUCUGGAAAUAAAUAUUUGUGCAGAUCAGUAGAAAUCCGCGGCUUUUUUUUUUUUGAUCGUGCUGUGAAAAUAUUCGAAUGGCAAAAGUAAUUUACAAAGCUAGCACAGUACUGAGUUGAUAUAAUUUCUUGACCUUAAGAUUUUCUCUUAAAUAUUAAAGUUGCAUGUUGAGAACUCUCUCAAACAGAACUGCCAUGCGACUGAAUCUCAAAAUGAAGAUUAUUUCACUCCAGCACCAAGAUCUGGAUCUGAGAAAAAAAAAAAAAAAA